GUCCAUUUCUUGAAAACCCCACUUAAGUUCUUGUUAGUUUUUUGCUAAUUUUAUGUUAAAGUUUCAAUCUUUUUGUGUAUAGAAGUAUCGAGAAUUAGUCUUUUUAGUGUUUUAGAUUUUAGAUAAAUCUAGGGUUUCAUAUACUUUUUUUUUUUUUUUCAUUUUUGGUGUGCUAAGUAGUGUGUGUCAACUUUUUUUCACUUAAAAGUAGAACUUGUGUUUGUCUUCUUGAGUUUUAGAUUUUUGACAUUUUUUAGUUUGAGCUUUAUUAUGUGAUUUUUUAAUAGUUUUUUUUUGGUUCAAGAUUCAAUUUUUAGCAUUUUACUUUUGUGUGUGUGUGUUUUCACUAGCAUUUCCAUUUUUUUCUGAUUUUUUUUUUUUGCUUUUUCUUCCAUUUAUUGAAAACCCCACUUAAGCACUUUUAGUUUUUUUGCUAAUUUUACGUUCAAGUUUCAAUCUUUUUGUGUAUAGAAGUAUCAAGAACCAGUUUUAGUGAGUAAAUGCAUGGAUGGAAGGGAAGGGAUGGUGUUAUCUGGGAGUGCUGCUUAUUAUCUUAAUAGAGGGAUUGGGUCUGGUUCAGUGGGAGCUGGUGGUGGGGGUGGGGUACCUAGUGGGGUUGGGGUACAUACCCCUCCUAGUUAUAAGUCCCUCUCAAAUCCCAACAUUUCAGUUCAGUCAAAUGUAGGGGGAGGAGGAGGUGGUACUUUGAGUUCAACAUACCAUGUUGUUGAGAACUCAUCAACUCAUUUUCCUCAUGGUAUUAAUAUGAGUGUGGCUUCUAGUGUUUCACCUAGUAGUGAUCCAGUGAAGAAAAAGAGAGGUAGGCCUAGGAAAUAUGGUCCUGAUGGGUCCAAAAUGUCAUUAGGAUUGUCACCUUUGUCCUCUACUCCUUCAACUGGUUCAAUUACUCCGGGACCUAAGCGGGCCAAGGGACGACCUCCUGGAAGUGGAUGGAAGCAACAAUUAGCUCCACUUGGUGAAUGGAUGAAUACUUCAGCAGGAUUGGCCUUUACCCCUCAUGUUAUACACAUCAAUGUAGGAGAGGAUGUUGCGGCGAAAUUACUGGCAUUUGCUGAACAGAGGCCUAGGGCUUUAUGUGUCUUAUCGGCUAAUGGGUCAGUUUCUGCUGUAACAUUACGGCCUCCUGCAAGUUCUGGUUCUACUGUCACUUAUGAGGGUCGUUUUGAGAUACUUUGCUUGUCUGGCUCGUACUUGGUCUCUGAAAGUGGUGGCCCACAUGAUCGCACGGGUGGUAUAAGUAUCUCGGUUAGUAGUCCUGAUGGGCAUGUACUCGGGGGUGCCGUUGGUGGUAGGCUCAUUGCAGCCAGCCCUGUACAGGUGGUUGUAUGCAGCUUUGUAUAUGGUCCAAAGGUAAAGAGCAAACAAGAGACUUCUAGCAUCAAAGGCGAGAACGAGUCUGCUGAAAACUCAUCUACACCAGUUAAUGCUACUACUAUGAGUCAAGAUCCAACUUCAAAUUCAGCAACCGGUGUAUGGCCUCCGAUUGCAAGGUCAGAACUAAGAAACUCCCAGCCCGAGAUUGACUUGACGCGUGGAUGAUUAUUAUGAUUUGCUUCAAUGGACACAUUGAUGACGGAGUUUGUAUAUAUGUGCUGUUGUUGUUAAUGGAAACGCGGCAGGAGAGAUCGAUCACCUUGACUUAUUUAACUAGCUGCCCCAUUUGGUUAGAAUGUUGGAUUGUGCUAACACACUCAGUGUAACGAAAGUAUAUCCUCUUUUUAGGUUCUUUUAAAGUAGCAAUGGUGUAGAAGAUGGUGUUGUUGGGAGUUAGAUUGUAAUAUUGCUGUCUUAGAAGGUUAAGUUUGAUGAUGGACCAUAUGUUAUUUUAGAAAAAUUGAUGAUUGAACUUUUUUUGCCUCAUUUUUUGUUGCUACAUUUGGGGUGUACUUAUUGGUAAGGCAAGAAGUUUUGGUAAA